AUGCCCAUCGGCCGUCCCCUCAAGACAUGUCAGACGCUCGUCAUUGAUCGCUAUGGGCGUCUCGUGCCGCCGGGCGUCAUCGGCGAGCUGGUCGUCGGCGGCGAGGGCGUUGCCAAGGGUUACCUCAACCGUCCCGCCGAGACUGCGGGCGCGUUCGUCGAGCUGCACUUCGAUGGCCUCUCCGGGAACACGAGAUUCUAUCGCACGGGCGAUGCCGUGCGCUGGUGCGACGGACAGCUGCAGUUCACGGGCAGGAUGAAUGCCGGGCAGAUCAAGAUACGUGGGCAGAGGCUGGAGCUGGGCGAGAUUGAGGCGGCCAUUCUCCGCACUGAGCUUGUCACCGCUGCCGGCGUCAGCUAUCACAAACCGACCGAUGGCAACAACCCUAGCCUGAUCGCAUAUAUCGUUUUCAAGGAUGAGCAGAAGCCCGAAGAUCAAGUCAGAGAUCAUGAUACAGCGGCUGCAGCGUCAAACGACGCUUCUGAGAUUGUGGAGCUGGAGGACGAUGUCCUCGAACGACUGAGGGCCGCGCUGCCGUCCUACAUGGUCCCUGACCUGGUCUUCUCGGUCCUCCAUCUUCCGCUCCAGACCAGCGGGAAACUUGAUCGCCGGCAGCUGGCGGCUAUGGCAGAGAAGGAUGCCAGCCGUGGUGUUCGUAGGGCUGCUGGGAACGCACAAGAUGUUGCGCCUGCGGACGAGAUGGAAGCUCAACUGUGCAAGAUCUUCGGCGACCUCCUGUCACUCCAAGCAGUUUCGCCUCUCGCGAGCUUCUUCAACAUCGGAGGCCACUCGUUGCUUGCGACGCGCCUCAAGUCCUCGCUCGAAUCACAGUUCCUCGUCGCUAUCCCACUGAGGACGAUCUUCGCCCACUCCAGCCCCAGGGGACUCGCGGCCAGUAUCCGAGAACUCGUCGCGUCCGGCUCAGCGCACAAGCUCUCCAUGCGAAUCGCGGCGCCAUCUGACGGAACGUACUACCCCCUAUCUUUUGCUCAAGACCGACUCUGGUUCCUCUCGCAGCUGGCCUAUUUCGGUUCGCAGGACAUUUGCUACAAUAGUCCUUACACCCUCAAGCUGGAAGGCCGUCUCAACGUCAAUGCCCUCGAGCGUACCAUACAAGAAAUCGUCUCUCGCCACGAGGUUCUUCGCACCAUCUUCGUCGAGGUUGACCACGUGCCAGCUACUCAUGUGGUCGACUUUUGUCCCCGUCUCGAGAUCGUGUCCCUGGCCGCGGAUACCGACGAGCAGACCAUCAAGGCGUUGAUGAGGGAUGAUGCCAGGCGCCCCUUCUCGCUCGACACCGAACCCUCGCUUCGCGCAACUUUGUUUAAGCUCUCGGAGGAGUCCUUCUACCUGCUUGUGUGCAUGCAUCACAUCGUGGUCGAUGGUUUCUCCCUUGACGUUCUUCAUCAUGAGCUGUCCGAGAUCUACGCCGCCUUCGAGGCCGGUAAAGACCAUCCUCUUGCCCCGCUGGGUAUCCAGUACAAGGAGUUCGCACAAUGGCAACGAUCGGAAGACUUUGAGCAUCUGCUGAAGCCUCAGGCCGAGUACUGGACGAAGCAGCUCAGAGGCAGUCAGCCCGCAGAACUGCCGAUGGAUUUCCCACGGCCCCAGCACCUUAGCCACGAGGGGAAGACGUAUUACGCUCACUUCUCCGCAGAGCUGCUCACCGGGCUGGAACAAAUCUGCAAAAAGGAACGUGUGACGAUGUUCAUGCUCCUCUCGGCCGUCUUCCGCGUUGUCCAGUUCCAGCUCACGAGCCAAACAGACGCCUCCUUCGCCUUCCCGAUAGCCAAUCGCAAUCGACCCGAGACAGAGAGGCUUAUCGGUUUCUUCGUCAACACGCAGAUCCUCCGACUGAAAGCACGUCCCUCCAUGACGUUCCUGGAGCUCCUUCAGCAAGCGCGCAAUCUAUCGUUGGCGGCGUUCGAAUAUCAGGACAUGCCCUUCGAGCGGAUCGUCUCGAUUCACAAUCCAAAUCGUGAGCUCACUCGUAACCCACUGGCACACAUCGUCCUCGCGUACCAGACUGUGAAGACUGCUCCGUUUACCGUGGGGGACAUACAUGCUUCUGUUGCGCGGGUCGAUAUGAAGCUGACGAGGUUCGACAUGGAAAUCCAUUUCUUCCCUAAGGACGACACCCUGCACGCCGAGUUUGUAUACAGCACCGAUUUGUUCAAGGAAGAGACCAUUGUCGAUCUGACGGAUCGGAUCAACGAGGUUCUAUACCAAAACCUCCUUCUCCGUCCUGACCUGGUGGUCGAGGAGAUUCCGUUCCAGCACUCGGCGAAACACCUGGAACGAUUUGGUGUCCCACUUGCCCCGCCCCCACCUCCACCGUCAUCUUCCCUCGUUGACGCUCUCAAGAAGUCUGUGAACGCGCACCCCGACUUGCUUGCCCUACAGGACAGAGAAGUUCUGCUGUCGUAUAGGCAGCUGAACACGGCCUCGUCCUUGCUGGCACAGAAGAUCGUGCAGGCUUCAAGAGACGCGUGCGAAUUUGUAGCAGUGUGUGUCCCCCCGUCAGCGCUCGCUGUCAUAUCCAUCCUCGCCAUCGUCAAGUCUGGAGCCGCAUACGUUCCCUUGGACGUUCGAUACCCUCCUGAACGACUUGAGAUGCUCUUGCGUGAGAGCGGUGCGCGACUGCUGAUCACGACCUCAGACUCGCCGGAGUUCGCCAACAACGCUGAAGGUGUCACUCGUCUCGACGUCUCCGACUUCCUUACGGACAUCGAUCUCACCUCUCCCGUCGACUUCGACUGCGCCCCUCGCUCGGAUGCCGCCUACGUCAUGUACACAUCUGGGAGCACGGGUGUGCCGAAGGGGGUGGUCGUCAUGCAGUCCUCGGUGAUUGCACUCGUCUCGGACACGAACGUUUACCCGUUCCAGGCUGGCGACAAGAUUGCGAUGAUCAACAACCUCGCAUGGGACGCUAGCAUCAUUGACAUCUGGUGCACGCUCUUAACAGGUGCUACAGUCGUCUGUUUCAAUCGGUACGACGUCCUGGACCUGGUCGCUUUGGCCGAGCAGUUCCAGCUUUGGAGUAUCACCGGCUGCUUCAUGUCUGUCGCGCUCUUCCGCCAAGCUCUCGAUCUUGCACCCCAGCUUUUCAGCAGUCUUCGCCUUUUCCAAGUUGGCGGAGAAGCCUUCUACUACGAGGAUUUGCAAAGGGUGAAAUCUGUCAACCCGUCCAUCCGCCUCUUCAGUGCCUACGGCACGACGGAGACUUGUGUUUUCGCCACCGGGUUCUGGAUUGAUGUUCCCAACAUGCCCAUAUCUGGACCGGUGCCCAUAGGCCGACCGAUGUCAACUGUUCAAGUUCUCGUCGUCGACACAAACGGCCGCCUGGUGCCACCCGGUGUCAUCGGUGAGCUGAUCAUUGGCGGUGCUGGCGUCGGUCCAGGGUACCUGAAGAGGCCCAAAGAGACUGCCGAGGCCUUCGUCGAGUUCGGAUUCGACGAACUCAAUCAGGGUGUUACUCGGUAUUACCGUACGGUACGCCAUUGUUUCCACGCUCUUCUUACGCUCGCCUAA